UGGGCGCAGCUGGGGUGCUAGUCUAUCUCGGACCUGCAUCAGAGGACAGCGACAUGGCUCUCAAUGCCAUAACCCGCUGGAUAGACGGGCAUGUAUGCGUCCAUUAUAAGCUACAAGGCGCAUGCCAGAAUUGUCUCGAAGCCUUCGUUAGUCUUUUCCAACGCCCGUUCUUCCGCAGGUUGUGGGUUGUCCAGGAAGUCACCCUAGCAAGGUCACUGAGCAUAUUCUGCAGGUCAAAAUCAACAUUUUGGCCGCUCGACCGUAUCACAAGACGCCUCCCCGUGUCAGUUUAGACCCAGAUGCACAAGACAAGAGGGGACAAUCCCGGAUGGGAGCUCUUGGGUCUCAUGGCCAGGACCAGCCAGUGUUUUUGCAGCAACCCCAGGGACCAAAUCUUUGCCCUCUUAGGCAUGCUUCAACAAACAGGUGAACGUACUAUUGCCGUAGACUAUAGCCUUACAUCUCAGG